AUGAGCCUGAAAGCCCCCAAACACGCGUGUCCAGCCCAGAGCCAGCACCUGCCGCACCGCAGCCGGCAGCCGGGCUGGGAAUGGAGGCUAUGGGAAGCCGCCAGCCCCUCGCCUCCGGCCACUGCUCGGCCCCCAACGCCACCCUCGCUGGACCUGGCAGCGGACCCCCCAGCCAGCACCGCCCGCUCCCCUGGCCAGGGGCAGGAUGGGGGGACACAGCCCUGCACAGCCCCCCCGGGGACAGCCAGGCGCCUGCAGCGGGAGGACCUGGCCGGGCUGCGGUGUCGCCUGCGGAGGGUGAAGGCGCUGGCCCAGCUGCCAUCCGUCCCCGCCAGGGUCAGCACCGACCUGCAGAGCCGUCUGGAGCACAUGCGGCAACUGGAGCUGCGGAUCCGUGAGAAGAAAGCGGGAAGCGGAGCCGCGCCGGCAACGCAGCCGUCCGGGGACGCCGGGGCAGCAGCACCUGCGGCGGAGCGAAACUCAAGCGCAAAGCCCCCCGCGUACCAGCGGUUCCACGCCCUCGCGCAGGACCUGCCCCCGGGGCUCACGCUGCCCUACAAGUUCAAGGUGCUGGCGGAGAUGUUCCGCAGCAUGGACACCAUCGCCGGGAUGCUCUUCAACCGCGCCGAGACCAUCACCUUCGCGAAGGUCAAGCAGGGGGUCCAGGACAUGAUGCGCAAGCAGUUUGAGGAGCGGCACGUGGGGCAGAUCAAGGCGGUAUACCCCGCCUCGUACAGGCUGCGCCAGGAGAAGAACAUCCCCACCUUCGGCAGCAGCGUGAAGAAGUCUGACUACCAGCUCACGCUGGAGCCGGUGCUGGGGGAAGAGGAGAAAGUGGAUGGCCGCCCGCACUUGUCGGCGUCGCGCUUGCUGGAGCGCAGGAAGGAGUUCAACCGCAACCUGGUGAACAUCGUCAAGCAGCACCAUCUCGCUGUCGUGGCCGCUCUCAGCCCUCCCAUGGUGGUGCCGGAGGAGAAGCUGACCCGCUGGCAUCCCCGCUUUAAUGUGGACGAGGUGCCGGACAUCAGCCCGGCGGAGCUGCCGCGGCCGCCCCAGGAGGACAGGCUCACCACGGCCCAGGAGGUGCUGAGCACGGCUCGGGGGAUGCUGACCCCCAAGAUGGAAAAAGCUCUUGCCAACCUGGCCGUAAGAACCGCUGAAGCCGGUGUGGGGGAACCGGUGGUUUCCAAAGCACCGUCCCCUGCCAGCACCUCCAGUGCUCUGAAAGGGGUCUCCCAGGCGCUGCUCGAGAGGAUCCGGGCGAAGGAGGCGCAGAAGCUGCAGGCGCUGAUGACGCGGGACCCGCGGCAGGAGGAGCGGCUCGCCAUGCUGGGGCGGCUGCCGGCCAUGGCCCGCAUCCUGCGCAACGUCUUCGUGGCCGAGAAGAAACAGGCGCUGACCAUGGAGGUGGCUUGUGCCCGCAUGGCCGACAGCUACGACGCGCAGAUGCCUCCCGGCGAGAUGGAGAAACACUUGCGCCUCUUCGCAGAGCUGCUGCCCGACUGGGUGGGGAUCCACGCCAUCAGGACGGACACCUACAUCAAACUGGACAAAGGGAAGGACCUCAGCCUCAUCACGGAGAGGCUCACCAAGGCGGCAAAGGAGGCAGAAGCCCUGUGA